AUGACUGAUCCCCGCUCAGGAACUAUCGAGCUGGACGGCAGCUUUUUGGAAACAUUGACCUUCGAGGGUCGGGAGUUCCAGAAACAUGCAGUCGAAAAUGAAAUUUACUAUGGCCCUAUCGAUGAUGAAGAGAUCGAUCGAUUAGACCUCCAACAUCGAGUGCUGAGCGGUGUCUUCGAUCACCGCCUUAUAUUCCCUCCGGUGGAGAGCCUUGACAAGGUCCUCGACUGCGGAUAUGGAUCUGGGGCCUGGGCGGUGGAAGUUGCAGAGCAAUACGAAACUUGCGACGUAAGCAAAUUCCCGACCUCAUCUGGUAUACCGGCCAUUAACCUUGAAAACUUAAAGGUAAUAGGAGUGGAUGUUUCGCCGCAUAUGAGGCCGGAUGAUACCCCCGAUAACCUAUGGCUGCAGGUCGAUGAUCUAAACCGGCAUUUUACCUUUGGGUAUAACCAGUUUGACCUUGUUCACUCCAGACUAGUUGCAUCGGGGAUAAACCAGGACAGAUGGCCUCGAUACCUGCGAGAUAUUGUCAGCAGCGCAAUUAACGAUCUUGGACUGGCCGAGAACACCAGAUCUCUUAAGCGUGGAGGGUGGGCUCAGAUGGUUGAAAUAUACUUCAACAUCCAAUCUGAUAAUGGAGCCUUGACAGAAAACCACGCGCUCAGAAAAUGGAGCAGUAGCUAUAUCAAGGCGUUGGAGGGCGUGAAAGAUGUGCGAGCCGGUAUGAAAUUAACGAGCUUGAUGACAUCGGCGGGGUUGGUUGAUAUCGAAUCGAAGAUGAUCCCGCUCCCCUUAUCAGGAUGGUCGAAUGGUGAGUACUACCACCUUCUGGGUGCUGGCCACCGCUCACGGUCAUUAGACCCAAGAAUGAGAGUCAUUGGAGCGAUGAAUAGAGACAAUACGCAACAAUGGCUCAGCUCGUUGGCAUUAUAUCCGUUCAUGCAAAAGUUGCAUAUGUCUCGCGAUGAGCUGAACAACAUCAUCACGCAUGCGCGAGAGGAGGCAGAUGACCCAUCCUUAAGAGCAUAUGUUCCACUAUACGUGUGCAUCGGUCGAAAGCCGUAG